ACGACUGCGGACGCUUUGUGCCAAGUCGUUAUCAUUUUAGAGUGUUACUGUUUGAAAGUGUUUUGCCCGCAGCUGCGAUGGUGCUCCAGAAUGUUGUUAACGUGUUCAUAUUGGGAUGCGGGUUCAUGCUUAUCUUUACUUCUUUUCAAACUCUCGGAAACAUUGAGCAAACGAUAAUAGAUAGUAUUAAGACAGAUGUACCUACCUUUUCUGGCGAUGGAUAUACAAGCCUAGCCAUUAUCUAUGCUGCACUUUCUUUAUCAAACUGGGUCACUCCGUCAACACUCUCAGCAAUCGGACCUCGAUUAGCUAUGAUCGUCGGCGCUAUCACUUACUGUCUCUUCAUAGCGUGUUUCUUCUUUCCUCAUGUCGCGCUUCUUUACGCGUCAAGUGUUGUUCUUGGCGCGGGAGCAGCACUCAUAUGGACCGGUCAAGGCAUGUACCUAUCACAAUGCAGCAAUAACGAAACAAUAUCUAGGAAUUCUGGAGUUUUUUGGGCGUUGCUUCAAAUGAGCAUGUUUUUCGGAAAUUUGCUGGUGUUUUUUACAUUCCAGGGGAAAACGCACAUUGACGAGGAAACACGUACUAUCGUUUUUUCGGUGUUGAUUGUUGUAGGCAUCUUAGGAACGAUUAUGCUUGCGUGCCUCCGGCAUCCUGCAACUGAUCAUAACGCUCCUAUUGAGCUCACACAAGCCGUUCGACCAAAAGAAGCUUUUAUAAAUGCGAUAAGGCUAUUCAAAACGAAGAGAAUGAUGCUGCUAAGCAUCACCUUUGUCUACACAGGUCUUUCCUUGUCAUUCUUCAGUGGCGUCUAUGGAUCAAGCAUUGGCUUCACAAAUGCUAUUGGAACAUCAGCAAAACAGCUUGUUGGCUUAAAUGGUGUAUUUAUUGGAAUCGGUGAAGUCCUUGGCGGUGUUGCGUUUGGCUUGCUUGGUUCAAAGAUUACUGCCCGGUACGGUCGUGAUCCUGUGGUAAUAGUCGGCGUAGUGAUACAUUUGGUAUCUUACUUCCUGAUAUACAUCAAUCUUCCUAACGUCGCUCCAUUUGGCAACACCGACGAAGUAUCCUACAUUAAACCACCGAAUAGCAUCGUUGCAAUGUUGUGUUCAUUUCUGCUAGGAUGGGGCGAUGCCUGCUUUAAUACACAAUGCUAUUCAAUGCUGGGCGGUGUAUUUAAUAAACAACCUGCUGAGGCUUUCUCGAUUUUUAAAUUUACACAGUCGGUUGCUGCUGCUGCUAGUUUUGUAUAUUCAUUGCAUUUUGGGCUCCAUGUUCAACUUUUGAUUUUGGUUGUUGUAGGUAUAAUUGGUACCGUGACGUUUUGUCUAGUGGAAUUCUCUGUAAAGAAGCAUCAAGCAGAAAGUGAAACAAAUCGCGAAAAAUAGCGCACAUAUGUCGUCUGUCCAAGCACUUGCUGUAAAAAAUAGCAUUUGAAUGCCUAAAAAUGUCUAUUUACCCUUGUCGUGCUGCGAUUCGGAGUUUGUAUAAUGGUGAAUUUGUUUUCCAAAACGUCCAUUAGCAUGAACAAUACCUCCAAAAUAUACUGGACUAUCUCCUAGAAAAGUGUAUACAUUAAAGCAGUGUGUCAAAAUGUGAUUCAAAGUAUAAUUGCAUA